AACAACAACAACAUAUUUCGCAAUUCAAAUUCCACUUCCACGUCAAAAGUACAGAACUUCAAAGUACAGACAUGUGAACAAUAGUACCAAAUUGGAAUAGAAGACAUCAUCAUGGCUGUUCGUCGUGACAAACACAAGACGCCUGUCUUCUUAGAGAAAGCAAAUAAAGAACAGACUAGGAUCCAGGAGAAACUGCACAUUAAACUUAAAGCUGAUAUUUACAGGUUAUUUCAAGAUGGGACCUAUUCAGACACCACCCUCCCAUGUGGGCCAACACCCAUGCAUAUCCAUAGGGCCAUCUUUGAAUCAAGGGUUCCUGGUCUUCUGGAUAUCCUCUGUCCGGAUGGUGUACCAAAUAAGACUAUCCUAGACCUCAUAGCGGCUGAAGACCUGGCACAGUUUGUCAAGUGUGUAUACCAGGAGGAUGAUCUGGCGAAGGCAUGGGAAAUGUUUCUCUCUCACAUUGCCAUUCCUGACGAGCAAGGAGCAGGUGGAGAACCAGAGGAGACUUCGUCUGCAGGAGAUGCAGAGCUACAUCCUGGAGGUGUCAAGGAGCUGGAAGAUGUGUUGUUGGGUGCGCAAGGUGGAGGAGCUGCCUCCGAUGUACCCAUACCAAAGGAAUCCUCAGAGGUUGAGGAACCCUGUCAAAGACACAACGCCGUAGAGAGUGUAGAUCCUGCAUGUCGGGAUCAAGAAGAAGGGCCAGGAGAAGAUGGUCGGACAUCAAAUUCACUGCUGCAUACCGAAGAGGCUGAUUCUGCCAACAUUCCCCUUACAAAUGGGACUGAACAACUAGAAUUGCCUGUGGAUGAUCAUCAAGGAACAGAAGCUGCUUCAGCAGCCACACCAGGAUCUCAGAUGGACAGUGUUCAACAGCUAGAUGUUUGUCAGUACGUAACUAUGGACUCACCUAUGGGCCUCGUUCCCAUGCGGUUGCUGCAAAAGGAGGAAUCUGCUGCCGUCACCUUUGGGAUGAAGCUUCAAGCCCCGGGCCGAUUACUGAUCAAAACAUUCCAAGAGUGCACUCUGAGCAGGAAAGUGGACUGGAUAAAUGCGAUGAAGCUGAUGCAGCGAUCGUUAAUGGUAUCCCUGCUUUAGUUCUUAAUGGUCCUACAGUGCAA